CUAUUCAACUCAUUUCUACACUACAACCGCAUAUUGGCAUAGGCCAUAAAAUGGGGAUUCCCCAUGAGGUAAUUAUAAGAGCGCGCGCGCUCGCGCGAUAUAUGUGGCCGUGGCCGUGGCCAUCAUAGACAAGUGAAGUAGUGGCAUUACGUGCGCAACGAUCCCAAUAUCGCAGCCAUUGCGUAGUAUUUUCAGCUAAUUUCUCACUAUUGACGUAGAACCUUGAUUUUCAUCAUCCAAGCUACAUGCCCAGGCUGUAGACAGAAAUGACACUUUCGUGAAAUAGGAAAACCACCAUUCCGCAUUCGCUCUAGAUCUGAUCCGAUCAGCACAGGAGCGCUGCAUUGCAUCACACGUACUAUUUGUUUCCUUCUUCCCACCACCCCAUAAACGCUACACAUACUUGUGCAUGCGGACGAACGAGUGGUUUCCAAAAUCGAUGUAGCUGUAUCCACAGAAAAUUACCACCUGGAUGUCUUGCUGGGGUUAUCAUUCAUGUACCUUUCCAGCGGACUGAGUUUCUGUCGAAUGAGAAGGACGUCUAGCACCAUGGAUGGAUUCUGCCUUCUCUAUCUGCUCAUGAUUCUCCUGAUGAGAUCUGGUGAUGUUGAAACCAACCCUGGACCAGACAGGAUUGUCAGUGAAAAGGAAUUCUUAAAGCUGUCAAAGCAAAUUAAACCUAGCUACUACAAAGAGGUGGGCAUUAACCUGGACAUCUCCAUUGCAGAGCUUGGUCAAAUCGAGAAAGAGAGCCAAAAUACCAGUGAUGCAUUGAUGACAGUCUUCACGAGAUGGAGAGACAAACAGCCUCCAGGCACAGACAUCAGGGCUCUUCUAGCAGAGGAAUUAGAAAGAAGUGACUUAGGGUCCCUCUCUGGCGAACUACUUGCUGGCAGUCUAGUCCUGAAGCGGACAGGUGCACCUGAUACAAUGCCAGGAUCACAGACCCGACCACUUUCCACUGAACAGAUCAAGAGAUGUGCAGAUGAUCUCAAAUUCAUGUACCGGACAACUCUCUGUAAGAUCAGAGAUGAUCCUCUCGACCCUGAUUCCAUUGUACCAUUCACAGACAUGUACACAAACCUUGUCCUGGAAGAGGAAUAUCGAAAAAAACGCAAGCGACCACUUGAGUACAGUGAUCUCUUUAAACUCAAAGUCAAUGGAGAGUUCCCCAAGCGGAUCAUGGUUCAGGGAGAGGCUGGGGCUGGAAAGACAACAUUCUGUGCUAAGAUUGCCUGGGACUGGAUAAAUGACAGUCCUGCUGUCCCAAAGUUUGUGUGGGUACUUGUUGUCCCUUUUCGUGAAGCCAAACAAUACACGAUCGGUGAGAUUGCCAAGUCAUAUCUCUCCAAAGACAACCCAGCAACAGCCUGCCAGAUCACUGAGUACAUUCGUUCAAAUCCAACUCAUGUAUUCAUUGCAUUUGAUGGAUUAGAUGAGUUUAAAGGCAAGGUUGUACAGGAAGGGGAAGCUGGUUCAAAGUCAGAAUGUCACCAGCCAAAGUCUGCUGAUCAAACCAAGGCAAGAUCAGAAUCAAAGAUGAACAAAAAAAAGCGGCAGAAGUUAACGCAGCCAGAGUCAUCAAGUGCCACUUUGCAGCCAAUAGUCACCAGUGCAGUGGCAAGUGGAAGUUCUUCAGAGAGAGGUGACAUUGCACUUACAGACAUUCUGCGUUCGGAUGAACUUGCCACUUGCCCGGUGUUGGUGACAAGUCGCCCAUGGAGGGUCACAGAGACGAGAGAUAAUGAUAUUCUGAGGAAGCUGUACACUUUCAUUCAUGUGGAAGGUUUUAGCAAGAAUAGUGUGGAGGUUUACAUUCACAAGUACUUUUCAGAAGAUGUGGCCAAAGCAGAUCAGCUUAUCCAAUUAACCAAGGACAAUGACAUCAUAUCUAAGAAUAUGGCCCCGUAUCCUAUCUACAUAGCUAUGCUCUGUCUUAUGUGGAGAGAACUUGGUGACGAAAAACAAGAAAAGUUGAAGUCAUUACAAACUUUUUCUCAAAUAUUUGAUGAAAUGUUUGAAUUCUUGAAGGUGCAUUAUGCUCAGAAAGAGAUCACAGAUCUAGACAGCCAAGAUUUCCAAGCCUUUCGCUGUCAAAUUGAGAAGCUCAUGGAACCAGUUGCCAAAGUUGCUUUCACCGGGCUACAAGAAAACACCCUUAGUUUCCAAGAAGGUGAUUUUGAACAGUGCUCAGACUCCAUUGAAACAGCUUGCAGAGUGGGGGUGUUGUCUAAGGAGAACAAAUUGUUGUCUAUACAUGAUAAGAGCAGUCCGUUCCUGCAGUCUACUUUCUUCUUUCCACACAAACUAUUUCAGGAGUACAUGGCUGGGGUCCAUCUUGCUUCCCUGUAUGAAUUAGAUCCCAAUGAAUUCAACAGGCUGAUUGAGCAAGUAGUACUGCCUAGGAAGGAAGAGUUUAGGUAUCUCCUGUACUUCACUGUAUCACGGGACAAAACUGUUGCACACCAUGUCAUGAAAUGCAUGGUACAGGGUAACACCACAAACUCACAGGAGAUGAAUUUCUUGGUUGAUGUAUCCUUUGAGAGUCAGGACCUAGAUACUGCAGCCUUGUUGAGGGGUGGAAUGUCAUCUCUGGUCAUACACCCAUCCAUGAAAGCACACACCGUAGCAGGUUAUGUAUUCACUGGACUAGGUGUACAUAAAGAUGUGAUCGAUCUUGGAGUAAAUAGAGAAUUUGGACCAAUUAUAUCACAUGAUAUGGGGGAGAUUAUAUGCUCUGUGCCCUCUCUAGAGGAUGUUGCACUACGUCAAGCUGCCUUGCACAGUGACUUCUAUGCAGUUCUCGCUAAAGAAGGAAACAAGUCCAAGUAGGGUCAGUUGGAGAAGAUGGGAUCAGAGGAAGAUAGCCAAUGAUUCUAGCCUGUCUAUGUGGAUGGAGGUCAGCACGGAAUGAGGAAAGCCCGGAAGUCCUGCUUCUAAAACUCUAGGAGCAUCCACCAGUUGCGAAGUUGUGAUCAUUCUACCGAGGCGCCACAUAAGCAGAACGUCCUCAGUCUGCAUGGCCAUCUGAAGAGUGAGUGAGUCUGGAACCAUAUUGUAUGCAGAUGUGAAUGAAAUCUCAGUUGAAUUUUUCUCACACAUCUCUUUCUUACACUUCACAAUCUGCUCUAAGAAUCUUUGAUGCUUGCAGGAGUGUAUGGUGUUUUCCCUCGAUAUCAUCUCCUUCUAGGCGCCUCAGUUUUUUCAGUGCGUCACCAAGUGGUAAUGUGGAAGCACAUAUAAAUCCUGAACCUUUGGUUUGAUUGAGAACCAAAAUAUGUGACCCAUAGUAUUCAUGUAAUUUAUGUUUCAAGAUGGUCGCCCGGUAUUUAUCUCCUUUAUCGACACCAAGCUCCUCAAGAAUGUCUCGGUACCUUACGCGGAUGAUUCUACGAGGAAUGUGGACAGACCAGGAGCUGGAAAAGAGGAGCUUCCAGCUCAUCUACAACAUCAUAAGGGUUUAACUUUGACCGACCAGAAUGCGAAGAGCCUUAAAUUUGUUCAUAUAUGUUGUUACACACGUAACUGGAUGAAGAAUAGGCUUAUCACAGAUUCUUGUUGGCAUAUGAUGCAUUUUGUGUAGUCAGUGCUCAUAUCUUUGGAAGACUUCUUAGCAGGCACAUGCUUCAUGGACAUGGCACUAUCUGCCACACGUUUUCUUGGCUGGUUACUCAUCUUGCUGUAGGAACCUAUAAUAUAGAGGGGUGUAUCAUUUGAAUAAUAGUUGCACUGUAUUUAUAUUUCAUAUAAACCUAACUUUGAAAUGUUACUUUACAUUAGCAGGCAAACUUUCACUCUUUCUUGUAAUUCUUGUAAGAUCUUAAAAGACAGACCCAGGAAUUCUGAAAUUCAUCUAGUAUGAGGUUGCUUUGGUCAAUGUCACCCUCUUAUACCUAUAUCAAUUAUAAAACAACAUUGAGAUGGGGGUAAUAGGUAUAUUAGUAUUGGAUUAACAGGAGUAUUGGAUUAACAGGAGCAUUGGAUGUAACAAACAUGUAAAGUCAUCACAAA